CCCCCAUAGCCCUAAAAACCCUUGCUUGGUGAAAUAGGGUUCUUGAAAGGGCGAGGCAAUCAUGGAGGACGAGGACGACGAUCCGAUUGCCGUAAUGCAGCUCCACAGCUGGCCGGAGGUCCCGCUCUGCGAAGUCCAGCAGCUGACCGAUGCAGCUCUAUCGCCAUCGCUCCGGCGAUUGCUGCUUGUGUCGAGGACGUUGGGAUCAGCGCGCUUGCUCACAUUGAAGAAAAAUCUCUCGGUAAGUUUGCCACAGCCGAUGGGAUCAUUCGCGUGGGGAUGCCAGACAGAUUGUUACACGAGCAAUGGGGGAUCGUCGGGGCCAUUUGAGGAGCUGCUCUUCACUUGCAGCGAUAGAGGUCUUAUGAUCUACGGGUUCGCAAGCAAGGUUAGCGAGCAUGGCCUAGAUUCUAGCAGCUCUAGCUCUAUCUACGAGGUUGAGCUGGGAUAUCACGACGUCGACAAACCGAAGCUCGUCUUUUUGGAAGCCGAGGCAUGGCCGGAUUUCGUACCAUUGAGCAUCGCGAGAGACUCGCCUUCUUUCUCGAAGUUAGUUCAGUUCGCCAUCAAGGACUCUGGUACCGACCAAGCAUGUCUUGAUGGAAGAAGCUAUGGAUUGGUUAGCUUGGUUUCAAGUUUCUCCGGCAGCUUGGUGGCAAUGAUCUUGCAAGAGGCUUCUAGUGGCGAUCAAGCUGUAGUGAUCGCCAGGAUAUCCGAAUGGGACGUACGCUGGAUCGCUCGGAUUCUCCUCGACGUGCAGGGAAAAGACUGGGUGGACUUUUCUCUGGUGCUGGACAGGUUCCUGGGUCUCACAGGCAGUGGCAAGAUUUUUAUCUGGGAAGCUUCGACGGGAAAGUUUCUAUCUGUUGUUCAUGUUUCAGGGACGACGGCCACCUUUUCGCGACUAUAUCCUGCCAAGCCUCGGGGACUUGUAGGUGUUGCGGACGAGCUCGGACAGAUUUUCCUCGUCUCGCUGGAGAGUCACUUCUCUCAGCCUGGUAUCGGUAACUGGCGCUCAAGCUGGGAGCUUGCCGAUUCCGAAGUUUGGAUCCGCGAGGCUGGGACUAAGCCGACGCUUAGUCCCAGUGGAUUCACUCCCAAGCACUUUUUGGCUGCGGGAAAAUCACCCGGUUACAAAGGCAGGAAGCUCCGGAAGGUUGUAUUGCCUUGUGUUUCUUCCAGUUCCAGUUCCGAUGCUGCCAUUGCAAUAAGUUCGUGCUCGAUAACUCGGUUGGUCAGAAGGGAUGGCUCCGCCACAGUGGUGCAGAGUCCGUUGUAUUGCUCGACAGGCACAGAUGCCGCGACCAAGACUUGGACAUACUCCAACGAAACAGUGGGCUUCAGCUUUCAAGGGUCACUUUAUCUCGUAUCAGCAAACUCUCUGACCGUGGUUCUUCCUCCAGUCAUUGAUUCAAGUCAUCAGGCACCUAGACAGCAGUGGUGGUGUACGUCCACAAGAGAGCUUCCUAGCUUUUUGUCAUGCCAAACUCCGGUCCCGCAACUACAGCAGUGGCAAAUGGCAGUACUGGACAGAUGCCUCAUUUAUGACGGAUUGGAUGAGGCGGAGCACUUGUUCGUUGAAAAUGGCUGGAACAUCAGACUUGCACGACUGCGAAAGUUACAGUUGGCGUUAGACUAUCAGCGAACAAAUGAGAUUGCACCGUUGUUGAAUAAGCUUAUUCCUGUGGGUGGAGCUGAAACAGGUGUGCUACGUCUGAUGUUUACUGCUGUGGAACUUAUGUUGAAUCAAUUCGGCAGUGAUAACGAGCUUUCUCAAGCAGCGCGGUUGCUUGCCCUUGGUGCACGUUUCACCAGGGAAUUGAUUAAAGUUUAUGGACUUCGAAGUUUUCCCGACGACAACCUUCAGACGUCACAGCCUCUCCUGGAACUUUCGCAGUUUCUGGAAACUAUUAGAACCUUGCAAGACCAUCUACAUUCACGCAAGACUAGGCCAAAUACUGAAAAGGAUGAGGCUGUACCAGAGGUGGAAAGGCGGGUGCAAGCAACUCCUUCAGUCGAGCCACACUAUAAUGACGACCGCUUGGUUUCUACUGUUAUAGCGUCACCUGAGGACGAAGAAAACAGUAGAAGACACCCUUCGCAGGAAACUCCGAAAGAGAUGAUCGCCCGUUGGGACAGUGAAAACAUUGAUGUUCUUGGUAUCGUGAAGGAUGCUUUACGUGCAGGACGCAUACCUUUGGCAGUUGUACAACUUCACCACCGGAGGUGUGGAGAGACUGGUAAGAGGCAACUGGAGGCCGACGUUUUUAAGGAAGUUCGUGACAUCGGCAGAUCAAUCGUCUAUGAGUUGCUUUGCAAGGGAAAGACGCCAAUUGCAUUGGCAGCGUUGCGCAGACUUGGAGAAGACAUACCAACGGUGCUACAUGAUCUGGCAUUUGGAACCGUACGGCGGUCAUUACGAGCUCAUACUACGAAAGAGCUGCGGAGGCACGGUCACCUUGAUCCAAAAGAGUAUCGCCUCUUACAAACUAUUUCGCGAAUUGAGAGUGUGUACCCAAGCAACAACUUCUGGAAAAGUUACCACAUACGACAUGAAGAUUCCGUUGGUACUUCAAUGCCUAGCGAUCGAAAGCUUCAGAUUUGGUGUACAUCGCCCGUUGGAGAUUGUUCGAUUGACUGUGGUGAGAUUGAUGGUGUGGUAUUGGGAUCAUGGAAUAGAAUUAUCGCUAAAGACGUGGAGGAUGAAGUGAACAAAGAAGAGCGCUCUGCAGCAUACUGGGCUGGUGCGCUGGUUUGGCUUCAAUCGUUGGAUGAGUUAACUAUUGAUCGGAUGAUUCUGGAGCAAUCUCAAGCAUCAAAUGUUGCAUGGGAUUCUCAGCUGAAGUAUGCGGUGGUACACCACUCGUGGUCCGCUUCAACAAGCUUGAUCAGUGAUAUUCCUUCCUCGGAAUUACAAGAAUCUGAGCUGGAGAUUCAGGUGCCAACUUCAAGAAAUGGUAUAGUGGUGGUGACAAUACCCAAGGUCAAGCGGCUCGCGCCGAACUUAGAUGCUUGCUCCAACUGGCUUCGUUAUCUGGUUGAACGGGAUCUAGCAAGAGGUCACAUUUUCUUGCGGUCGCUAUGGACUGGUGCAACCGAGCUGCUUUCAUUGCUUUCACGUGCCGGUCUUAUAUUUUCUCACUCGGCUUCAGACGUCCAACAAGUUGAUACUGUACAAGCCAUCCAGCAGCUUGUAGUACGGUCUUGUGUGCAGUAUCGUCUACCGUGGUUACUCGAGUUAUAUCUUGAUCAGCAUUUGUCAGGGUUCGAUGAAGACGCGGAAACAUUUUUGGAGAUUGCGGAAGACUGCCACUGGGCAAGAUGGCUUCUUUUGUCACGUGACAACAAGUACGAAUAUGAAGCUUCUUUUGCAAAUGCUAUGGCAAUCUUUGCGGGUCAGUCGAUUUUGACACUAGACGACAUGGCUACGUUUGGAAGUGAGCUCAUGGCUCUUUCGACUCUAGCUUAUGCUCCUGUUCUACCUCAAAAAUGUUUAUACUCGGGGGUGAAAAAGCAGUCUGGUAACAGCUGGCAGUGUAGUCUCGAGCAACUUCAAGCAGGUCUGAAACCAUUCCCGACUCUUUGGAACACUUUAAAGUUUUGGUGCCUUGGGAAAAAGGUCAAAGUUGAUCCCGAUUUGCCUAGUUAUCUACAGUGGCGUUUGAGCCUGUUUUCUUCAGCGGACUACGGGACAUCGCUCUUAACUUUACUUCCGAGAUGGCUUCCAAAAAGCUUCAAAAGAGUUUUGUAUCUAUCCAUUCAGGGAGGCGGUGUUGGAGAAAGUUUCAUGAGCCCAGCGUCUUGGGAGGAAUCGAUAAAAAAGAGGAUUGACAAGCAGAUUCAUUUGAACUCGUUAGAGACCCCAGAAUCUAAGCUUGAACUUCAACUCCUUCAAGGAUGUCCACUCGCUGCGUUUAGUUAUUUAAUGUCGCUACGAGCUAAUGAAGGAAGGUCUGGAGAUGAUGGUGUGCUUUCUCACGUUGAGGAAUACCUGCUUUGCCUGGUGAAGCCUCUUGGUGUACGUAAUUUUAGAAACGAUGUGGUCACCGCUGCAUGUUCUCUGCUGCUAGAGCUCUGUGGCGUGUCUGCUACCGUCCUACGCACUGACAUAGCCGCUCUUCGUCGAAUCGCUGAAAGUGAAUCCUCUGGCGAAGAUGUGUCAAACUAUCUUGCAGAAUCGCUAUCCAAUAGUUAUACGGAAACAGGUGUAGCUGGUGAAGCGGACAAGCGUUGCACUUCACUUAUUUUAGAGCACCUAGAAAGAGCCAGUAUGACUGGAGAAGACGCAAACGGGCUAUGGCUUAAGACAGGUGAGGGAAAUGGACAAGAACUGCGUACGUCUCAGAUGUCAAUGAGUGAACGUUGGAGUUUGGUAACGGCGUUCUGCCGAGUUCAUCACUUGCCACUCAGUACAGUUUACCUUACUCACUUGGCUGGAGAUGAUGACUGGGUUGGAUUCCUAGCUGAAGCUCAGUCUGAAGGUUGUCCGCUCGAUAUACUUGUUGGGGUGGCAUCAAAGAAUUUUAAAGAUGAGCAACUACGAAGUCACGUUUUGACUGUUUUAAAUAGCAUGUCCGGGAAAUCUGAUCACACGGAAAUUUUGGACCACAACGAGUUAUUUUCACUGAUAGCGGAAAUUGAGAGUCGUAAAACUCCUGGAGCAGAUUUGAUUCAAAAGGCAAAAAGCAUGCGUUGGCCACUACUUGCUGUAGUGGCCUCUUGCUUCAACGACGUAUCUCCACUCACGUGCGUGGCUGCAUGGCUGGAAGUAACAGCAGAAAGAGAAACCAAUGGUGUAGGAGCUGCUUUGGCAUCUAAUGUGGGCUAUGCUGUGGAUGCUACAAAUGCAGUAUAUCAUACGCACCAUCGGUUGCCAGUCUACACUCGCAUCAAUGCGAAAAGACGACGUCUUUUGUCAAGUCAGAACGAGGAUGAUUUUAUCGAGUCCAGCCAGCCUAUGCAACCAACCCAGAUACUUCAUGCUGCAGAUGGCACUCAAGAGUCUUUGGCAAAAAUGGUUGCAACUCUGUGCGAAAAGCAGCUGUUCAUUCCUCUGCUUAAAGCAUUCGAGCUAUUUCUUCCGUCUUCACCUCUGCUUCACUUCAUUAGAUUUCUGCGGGCCUUUUCACAGAUGAGGUUGUCUGAAGCUUCAGCUCAUUUGGCCGACUUUUCUGCAUUUUUGAAAGAAGAAAUUCACAGUAGGGGUGGAAGAAGUGGAACAACAUGGAUCAGUAAAGCAGCUAUUGCUGGGGCCAAUGCGAUAUUGGCUGCGUGUCCUUCUGCCUAUGAGAAGCGCUGCAUGUUGCAGUUGCUUGCUGCAGCAGAUUUUGGUGAUGGAGGUGUUGCUGCUAUGGGAUACAGAAAGCUUUACUGGAAAAUCCAGCUUGCGGAUCCGUCAUUGCGUCAAGGGAGACAGUCGGGAACGCAGGUUGAUGACUUGGAUGACGACGCUCUUUUAAAAGAUCUCGAAGCGAGUGGUCAAUGGGAAGACGCUCGUAGUUGGGCGAGGCAACUUGAUCUCAGCAAUCAAGGGAAUUCGGGUGCAGUUCAUCACGUAACAGAGAUGCAGGCAGAGGCAAUGGUUGCCGAAUGGAAGGAGUUGCUUUGGGAUGUACCCGAGCAAAGAGCAGCACUAUGGCGGCACUGUCAGGCGCUUUUCACUAAACAUUCGUACCCUCCGCUCAAGGCUGGUAUGUUUUUCUUGAAGCACGCUGAGGACAUUGAGCAACAUGGCCUACCUGCAGAGUUGCAUGCAGUACUGCUGCUGGCACUUCAAUGGCUUAGCGGUUCGAUCACUGGAUCAGCUCCUGUCUAUCCGGUUCCUCUGCUCCGUGAACUUGAGACUAGAGUGUGGCUCUUGGCCGUGGAAUCUGAAGUUUUGAUGAAGAGCAGCAGCUCAAACAGUCCAACUUUUAGGCUUGGAGCAUUAAAUCUGGAAAGUCCAUUCAGCAUGCACAGCGGGAGCCCUGUUGAUCGCACGGCAGCUAAGAUUGCAACUGUUGAUGGCCACCUCAAAGUCUUCAACUCUAUGCACGCAGACAUAAUGGACGAUAUUCGGCAGGUUCACAGCCCCGUAGGUUCUGGUGGUAAAAACGGAGGGUCUAAACCAAAACGCAGACUUCUUAGACGUGGCCAGGAGAAGGAACAAACAUCACCUGAUAUGGACAACAAGUUGAAGAUCACUGACGAAGACUCUACUGCUGGCUGGGAAGACAAGGUUGGGGAGGGGGAAGUUGAAAGGGCGAUUCUCGCGCUCGUUGAAGUUGGUCAGGUGCAAGCAGCAAGACAACUUCAACAAAAGUUGUCACCCAGUCGUGUACCUGCAGAGCUUGUCUGGGCUGAGACGGCUUACAACGUUGCCAUGCUCUCGAGUCCUACUGUGAAGGGAUCAAUAAGAGGAUCAGCUUUGGGUGCACCUGUCAUGAAGACGCUCAACAAACUGAAGUUGAAAGAUGUCUCGUCUGCUUCGCCUCUUCAGGCUAUGGAGGCUUUGACUGCGGCUUGUCGAGAAGGCUGUGGUCGUGGCCAUUGCAGACGAGUUACUGCCGUGGCUCAGAUUGCCAACUUUUUGGACCUGCCUUUCUUUGAAGCCUUCCAAAAGCAUCCGACUGAACUGCUUCAGCUUCUUUCUCUAAAAGGCCAAGAUGCUGUUUCAGAAGCUAAACUUUUGGUGGCCACCCAUUCGAUCAACGCAUCCAGUAUUGCUCGCAUUUUGGCCGAGUCAUUUCUCAAGGGUCUCCUUGCUGCACAUCGCGGUGGAUACAUGGACUCGUCUUCCUCGAAGGAGGAGGGACCAGCACCACUGUUAUGGCGAUCAUCCGAUUUUGUACAAUGGGGUCAGCUAUGUCCAUCUGAACCAGAACUUGGACAUGCUUUGAUGCGACUAGUAAUAAGUGGGCAUGAUAUGCCGCACGCUUGCGAGGUGGAGCUACUUAUACUAGCGCAUCAAUUCUAUGAGUCAUCUGCAUGUCUUGAUGGAAUGGACGUACUGGUUGCUCUAGCAGCCACUAGGGUGGAAGCUUAUGUGGCUGAAGGAGACUUCUCAGCCCUUGCCCGGUUGGUAACAGGUGUGAGCAACUUCCAAGCGCUGCGUUUUGUCCUGGAUCUGCUGAUAGAAAACGGUCAACUGGAGUUGCUGCUCAAGAAACGUGCUGCUGUUGAUGCGUUGAAGGAGUCAUCGGCAUCUGUCCGAGGCUUCCGAAUGGCCGUUAUCUCAGCUCUGAAGCACUUCAACCCGCAUGAUUUAGACGCGUUUGGAAUGGUGUUCAGCCAUUUCAGCAUGGCCCACGAGAUGGCUAAUCUUUUGGAAUCAAGAGGACGGAAAGGCUUAACUCGGUCCAUUAGGAACGAUCCAGAGCAGAACGAAGAGGUGCUGGAGAUAAUGAGGUUCUUUGUGGAAGCGUCGGAGGUGUAUGCGGGGAUUGAUUGUGGAAACAAGACAAGGUGGUGCUGCGCUCAGGCCUCAUUGCUCUCGUUGCAGCUCAGAAUGCCAGAAAUCAUGUGGCUCAACCUGACGGAAACAAAUGCUCGACGUCUGCUAGUAGACCAGCGCCGGUUCCAGGAAGCAUUGAUAGUAGCAGAAGCCUACGGCCUCAACCAGCCCGCGGAGUGGGUUCCUGUGCUGUGGAACCAGGUGCUGUCACCAGGUUGGAUCGAGCACUUCCUCACCGAGUUUGUGGCGUCAUUGCCGCUCCGUCCAUCCAUGCUCAUGGAGCUAGCUCGAAUCUACCGGUCAGAAGUGUUGGCCAGAGGCGACCACCUGGACUUCUCGAAGUGGCUCACCUCUGGCAUGCCACACGAGAUCACCAAGUCGUUCAGGAGUAUACUCAAGCACGUAGGCGACUUCAGGCUACGAACACAGCUCACAACUCUGGCCUCGGGCUUCCCCGACGUGCUUGAUAUGUGCGCUCGGAUUCUAGACAAGGUGCCGGACAUAGCUGGUCCACUGGUUCUCAAGCGGGGACACGGUGGAACUUACGUCUCGCUCAUGUAGAUAAACAUGUCGAUCGAUCGGUCGGCGUGUAUAGAGUCAUGAGGUAAACAGCUCGUUUUGCUGCUUUUUCUAGGCAGAAUAA